UUGUGUGUGAGGUAGAAAAUGGCUGAGGCGAUUUCUCAGGAGGAAGAGUCUUUCACAUGUUCAGUGUGUCUGGAGCAGCUGAAGGACCCAGUGACUAUUCCCUGUGGACAUAACUUCUGUAUGAGGUGCAUUAAGGGCUGCUGGGAUCAGGAGGAUCAGAAAGGAGUCUACAGCUGCCCCCUGUGCAAACACACCUUCACUCCCAGACCUGUCCUCUACAAAAACCCUCUGAUUGCUGAAAUGGUGGAGAAAUUUGGGAAGAUCAGAAUCCAGACUGCUGCUCCUGUUCUAUCUACUGCUGGACCUGGAGAUGUGGAGUGUGACGUCUGCACUGAGAAAAAACUCAAAGCUGUGAAGUCCUGUCUGGAUUGUCUGUUGUCUUACUGUGAAACUCACCUCAAAGCUCACAAUGAUCUUAAUCCAGGAAGGAAACACUCAGUGAUUGAUGCCACAGGCCAGCUACAGGAGAGGAUCUGCUCUGAACAUCAGAAAGUUUUAGAAAUAUUUUGUCGUACUGAUCAGAUUUGUAUCUGCUAUCUGUGUACGAUGGACGAACAUAAAGGCCACGACACAGUCACAGCUGCUGCAGAAUGGAAAAACAAACAGAAACAGUUGGGGCAGACCCAGAGGAAAUUCCAGCAGAGAAUCCAGGAGGGAGAGAAGGAGCUGCAGGAGCUGAGGAAGGCUGUGGAGACUCUCAAGAGCUCUGCACAGACAGCAGUGGAGGACAGUGAGAGGAUCUUUACUGACAUGAUCCACUCCAUUGAGAGAAGGCGCUCUGAGGUGACAGAGCUGAUCAGAGCUCAGGAGAAGGCUGAGGUGAGUCGGGCUGAAGGACUCCUGAAGAGACUGGAGCAGGAGAUUGCUGAGCUGAAGAGGAGAGAUGCUGAACUGGAGCAGCUUUCACACACAGAGGAUCACAUCCAUUUCCUCAAGAAUGUUGUGUCAGUCACUGCUGCUCUUUGCAGUACAGUUUCAACCAGCAUGACCUUCAACCAAAGUGUGUCUUUUGAGGCUGUGAAGGAAUCUGUCUCUGCAGUGAAGGUGCAGCUGGAGGAGAAACUGGAAGGCAUCUUCAAGCAGGAAGUAGCCAAGAUAUCAGCAGCAGUGGCACAUAUUGAGAUCAUCCAGUCUUUAGAAUAUACUGAUCCUGAACUCCAAAUCAGAAGAUCAAACAGUAAGGACCGGCUGCCACCAGCCAUGUCUGAUGUUUCAGUGUCUGGUGUUUUUCCUGAACCAGUGACCAGAGAGGAGUUCUUGCAGUACUCCUGUCACUUCACACUGGAUCCAAACACAGCAAACAGACGCCUCCUUCUGUCUGAGGGGAACAGGAGGGUGGAGAGGAAAGAUGAGUUCCUGUCAUAUCCUGAUCAUCCAGAGAGAUUUGAUCGCUGGUCUCAGGUGCUGUGUAGAGAGGGUGUGUCUGGACGCUGCUACUGGGAGGUGGAGUGGAGUAGGGGGGUUUCUAUAGCAGUCUCAUAUAAAAGCAUCAGCAGGAAAGGAGCAGGUGAUGAGUCUGGGUUUGGAUAUAAUGAUCAGUCCUGGAGGCUGCAGUGCUCCAGCUCCAGCUUCUCUUUCUAUCACAAUAAUAAAGAGACUAAACUCCCUCUAGUGGCUGGCUCCAGAAUAGGAGUGUAUGUGGAUCACAGGGUAGGAACUCUGGCCUUCUACAGCAACUCUGACACAAUGACCCUCUUGCACAGUGUGCAGACCACAUUCACUCACACACUCUAUCCUGGGUUUUGGAUAUAUACUGGAUCAUCAGUGAGGCUGUUGUGACCCACACUGUGAUUCACAUGUUGAGCUGCUUCUCAGCUGCCUGAGAUUCUCUGUUCUGGGGCAACACAAAAGACCAAAACCUCGCUCCCAUCUCUGGACCCCAGCAGAUAUUACAGCGUCUGCACCUCUGGACCUCUGCUGGAACACCACACCACACAUGCACUAUUGGGUAGGAAAGGUGUUGAGCCCAGUCAAAGAUUCUUUAGAUACCAAAAUGAAUUAUAGAAGGAUUCACCAAGGGAAUGAAAUGACACUAGUUCCGGACUCCCAAAUACAGUAGGUAUGUCCAUACGUCAAAACAUUAACCUUUCUCUGAAUAAGAGGGUAAAUAUAAUUUUGUGUGCUGUUUUAUUGCCUUGCUUGUGUUUGAAACCAAUAAAAACACUCUUUCAGACACGGGAUAAAUAAUUUGGAAUUAGGACCUACCAGUCUCAAACAGAUACAGGGAAUUACCCUUUAGGGAUCUUCUCGCUUUAUCAACCGUCUCUGACAUUGGGCCUCUCUCAACAUCCCUCCUUGAUCCUCGAUGCUCGGUCCUCCUCAUUCCCACUGAUUUAGUGUAACUAGCUAUCCCAUUGUUGCCGCCCCAUCAUUCUUUAUCUAGAUCAGUGAGAACGAGGACAGAGGAAGGAAAGGAGAAAAUAUAAAACACGAAUGAGAGGCACCCCUGGUGGUGGGGCUUUAGGCGAUGUCGACUAGAAGAUUUUUUUAUGGGAGUUGUAUAGCCUGGCAAGCCAAACUACACAGAAAUGUAUAGUCUGGGGUUGGACCAUUCACAGAGCUGAAGCCUGUGGGUGGGAUGAACAGUUGUCUUUCAAACUGCCUCUGCACGUAAUACAGGUAGGCCAGCAUUUGUGACCAAUCGUAGCCGGUCGGCAAAACGGCAAAUACAUCCUUCUUUAAAACUAAUGACUUGAGUGCUUCUCUCUGCUCAACCUUCAAAGAAAAGCCCAAGUCGAACUCUUCCAAAGCCGAUUAAAACGAGCGCGCUUUGUUAGCCUCAUCCAUCUUUCGUUUUUCUCUAUGGUUGUGCAACACAUUCUCACUCCCAACUCAUCGAACGAGGACGCAUGGGCCAGCCCCCUGGCGUCAAUAUCGGAAGCCGAAGGUGAGCUAUGGCGGGCUCAAGGACUCCAUACACAGAUAGAGCGUUCUGAUUGGACCGACUGGCCUGGAGUCGAACGCAGGCUUGGCCUCAACGGUGCAAACCUAGACCAUCCCGCUAGGCAAAAAUGUUUUUAGCCGCUAGGGUGCGUCUAGAUUUCUAGGCUAGGAGUUGUACUCAAGGGACUCAAAAAAAUAUGUUUGAUGAUAUAGCUGUCCCAAAAUAUUUCUGUACACAAUUCACCAUAUGUCAUUGUUUUGGUGGAUGUUUUUUUUAUUUUAUUUUUUUUUAUUAAAAAUCACACAUGAUCGCUACUGUUGAUGGAGUAUUUAUAUGUGUGAGGAAUAGUCAUUGAAAUAAUCCAUGUUUGUUUAACAAACCUUUUAUAGUUUUGAAUAAAUGAUGGAGGGUCUCGGGGUCAGAUAUUUGUAUGUGGUGUGGGACAGUGUUGGUGUCAAUAUGAAACUAGGAUCAAAAGGUUAGAUCAGUCCAGGAGUCUGGCCCUCUCCUAUCCAGCUCCGUCUCAUUCAGGCAUUCAGGCACAAUAAUGAAGAGAUACAGCUCCCUCUAGUGGCCAGCUAUAGAAUAGUGUUUGUGGAUCACAUGGCAGGUACUCGAGGCCUGAAACAAAGAUAUUAGAGUCUGGUGCUUCUGCUACAUUUUGCCACUUUGGA